UCAUAGUACGAAAAUAUACUAUACACAGCGCCAGAGAUUAUUGUACAUUUUAUUUGUAUUUAUACUCUUUUAUCAUCAUAUUGUUCAAUUCCUCCUAUUAUUCCAAUCGUCCAAUCAACCAUCCACAUCCAUCCAACUCUAUGCCAUCCAUCCAUAUUCGUAUUUGAUAUGUGUAUACCAUGCUUUUUUUCAAUGAUGGGCAUGUGUUCUAAGAUUUAAAAAGACUUGACUGAGAGAGUGUGUGUGUGUGUGUGUGUGCAGAAGAAGAACGCAAAAAAUAAAAUACCAAAAUUAAGGUUAACAUUAAAUAUAUUGCAGUCCGCUAAAAGAUUUUGGGUGCAAAACUUUACAAUACAGAAGGAAAAAAUUUUUAUAGAGGAGUGAAUUAACAAUUCAAUAAAAAAAAAAUAAAAAGAAAUAAAUAAAAAAUAAAUUUUUCAAAAACAAAAUAAUGGAUUCAGCUGGGAAAAAUCGUUAUGAACUUUUGUUCAUGGACGAUGAUAUUAGUGAUCCAUUAGAUAAUAUUGUUGCCAAGAAGAAAAAGCAGGUUAAGACUGCUGCUGCUGGUGGCGCUGCGGGCGCAACUGGAGCCGCCGCCAAUGGUGCCAAGACAACGAACAAACCAGCCAACACUAAUCAAGUGAAGAAAACCAAUCAGGCUGAAAAGGAAAAUAAACCCUUGAACAAGAAUGAUAAUAAGAAAACCGUGGCAGCAGGUGCUGCUGAUAGAUUCAAUAAACAAGGUGGGGCUGCUGCUGCUGGUGGUGCUGCUGGUGGCGCCAAUCGUAAACGCAAUAACGGUGAGACACGUGAAGGUGGUCAAGGGCAACAACGUAAUGUCAACUUUAGACAACAGAAUGGUGAAACACGUGAACAACGCAAUAACCGUCGUAAUGCACGUGAUACUGGUCAAGUUGGAGGAGGUGCAGGUUCAGCUGCUGCCGGUGAACGUCCCCCUUUCAGAGGUGGUGAUCGUGCUGAUCGUCCACCACGCAAUCGUAAUUUCGAAGGCGGUAAUCGUAAACGUGAAUUUGAUCGUCAAUCGGGUUCUGAUAAAACUGGUGUUAAAGCUGUAGAUAAACGUGAAGGCGCUGGCGCUCACAACUGGGGUUCCGUUAAGGAUACCAUUGAGGAAGGCAAUAACACUAAAAAUGUUGAAGAAAAUGGCAAUGCCGCUAAUGCUGGUGAAAAGAAUGAAGAAUCGGGUAAUGAACAAGCCACAGAACAAACUCCAGUCGAGGAAGAAGUUAAGGAAUUGACAUUGGAUGAAUGGAAAGCUCAACAACAACAACGUGCCAAGCCACAAUUUAAUAUACGUAAAGCAGGAGAAGGUGAAGAUACUACCAAAUGGAAGAAAAUGAUUGUAUUGAAUAAUAGCAAAGCUACCAAGGAAAAGAAGGGUACCGAAAGUGAAGAAGAAUUAGAAUUUGAUCCUGCCAUGUAUCCCCAACGUGUGGGUAGACAACAACGUGUAUUGGAUAUACAAUUCAAUUUCAAUGAUGGACGUCGUUUGGGUGGUUUUGGUGGUAGAGGACGUGGUGGCAAUCGUAAUGGACCACGUAAUAAUGCUGGUGGUGCAGCUGCUGGUGGUGCUGCUGCUGCUGGUGGUGAAGGUGCUGCUGCUGCUGCACCUAAACCACGUUUUGAGGGUGGUAACCGUGGUGGCAAUAAUAAUGCUGGCGGUAAUCGUGCUGCUGGUGGUAAACGUCAAUUUGGUGAUAAGCAAAAUGCUGCACCAAAAGUUAAUGAUGAACGUCAAUUCCCUACAUUGGCUUAAAUCACUUUUUUAUUCAAAGGGAUUUAAAACUCUUUAACAAAUAACAACUAAACAAUAGUAAGGAGUUGCUUAACAUAAUUAAACCUUUAACAAAAACAAGAGUUUUAUUUUAUUUUCAAGCCAAAAUAUUUAACAAAAAAAAAAUAAAACCAACAAAGUCAUUUAAAUUUAGCCUACAACAACAACAAACAAUACUUCCGUUUAACACACACACAACCAGCAGAAAGAAAGAUAAACAAAACCUUUUAUUUUUUUCUUAUAAUUUUUAUUAAGUUUUAUGUUCAAAAAGAAAGAAAAUUUUGUAUUUUAAAAGCUGGACCACAUUGGAUCCUUAAUAUACAAAAGUAAAAAGUCUUUUUUAAAAAAAAAACCAAAAAUAAAGUUUAGAUUUUAAAGUUUUAAGAAAAUAUAAAAAGGAAAAUGUUUUAAAAAGACUGCCGCUAUAAAGGAUUUAAGGAUUUAUUAACAUUUUUCUUUUAAAUUCUUUAAAACUUUAAAACAAUUGCUUUAAAAUUUUGGUUUUUUUCAAAUUUAGUUCAAGUCAAAACAAGACUGUUUUAUGUUAAACACAAAAGAACAAAAUUUUGAAUAUUAAACUGCAACAAGAAUUACAACAAGAAAAUUUACAAAAAAAAAAAUCAACGACACAUUUUUUUCCAAUAAUUAGUAAAAAUCGUUAUUAAUAUAUUCUAUCAUUAAACAAAAAAAAAAAAAAUAAACAAAAUAUUUCAUUAAAUUGUUUAAACAAUUAUCAUUAUUAAGCAUUAAUCA